CGCUGUAGUUUCCGGUGUCUCGCAGCGCGGGAACGUUCCUCAGUGUGACGGAGAAGUUUGUGUGAAACAGAGAACUCACGGACACGAUGGAUCCUGCGGAGGUGGAGUUCCUCUCGGAGAAGGAGACGGUGAAGAUUAUUCCAAACUUCAGCCUGGACAAGAUCUAUCUGAUCGGGGGGGACCUGGGCCCCUUCAACCCGGGGCUGCCAGUGGAUGUUCCCGUGUGGUUGGCUCUCAACCUGAAGCAGAGACAGAAAUGCAGAAUCGUUCCUCCUGAGUGGAUGGAUGUUGAGAAACUGGAGGAGAUGCGAGAGCUUGAGAGGAAAGAGGAAACUUUCACUCCUGUUCCUAGUCCUUACUACAUGGAGCUGACCAAACUGCUGCUGAACCACGCGUCAGAUAAUAUUCCUAAGGCUGAUGAGAUCCGCACGCUGGUCAAAGACAUUUGGGACACGCGCAUUGCCAAACUCCGCCUGUCCGCCGACAGCUUCAUCAGUCAGCAGGAGGCUCAUGCCAAGCUGGACAACCUGACUCUGAUGGAGAUCAACACAAUUCGAGCGUUUUUCCUCGACUCUCUCAACUUUAUGUACAAGCUACGUUCCAAUAUGCAGCCUGGUUCCAGUAAAGGAAACUUAAUGGAUUAUUGAUCCACUAGUUGUGGAUGUGUGAGUAGUUCAUGCUCAUGUUUGGAUAUUGUUUGAAUAUUGUCCCAAUGACUUGGGACAAGGCCUUGGACCUGUGGACUUAUUAAGAAACAGAAGAAAGCGGAAGAGUUUUCCAGUUUUUUAAGGGAUUACACUUCUCGCGGGAAACGCAUCCAUCUGUACAUAUUGACAAGCAUAUAAGCUUUAUAUGCGUCUGCUGUUUGCGAUGUGCUUAUUUAAUUUAAUGUCAUGUAGGAGGCUCGUAGCAGGUAAAACAACCAAUGUAACAAAAUAAAUGUUUUAAUGUGUA